AUGUGCGGCUGCAGAGCCAGCAUCCCCAGCACCAAGCAUUACUCUGUCAACCCUGCGCCCACCACGAAGAGCCCUCCAGCUACAGCAGGCAUGCCCAAGCGCAUACCCAUAACCAAGCAGCUGGCAUCAAUAAAAGCUCUAGAAAAAGGCUCAGACCUUGAAAAAGCUUUUGCUACUGCUGCACUAGUGUAUAACAACUCUGCUGACCCUGAGGGCAAACUCAGCAAAGCUGAAACCAAGAGCCUGCUGCAAACCCAGUUUUCAAGAUUCAUACAGGGCCAGGAAAACAAGCCGAAGUACCAGGAAAUUAUUUCUGCCCUGGAUGAGGAGCCAGAGAAGAAAAUUGAUUUUGAAGAUUUCAUGAUCUCGCUGGUCAGCCUCGCUCUGCUGUCUGACCUGCUGCAGGAGAUCAAAAACGUGAAAUCCACGAAAUGA